GUCAUCAUUUAAUGCCGGAAGAGGUGUCAAUGUGACAAAGCAACCUCAGCUCAGCUAUAAAUGCGUCUUUUCUCCUCCGAAAUGGUUUAACGUGAAGAUCUCGAACACCGAGGGUUGGGUUUAGUAUGAGCCCGCUUUAUAGCUCGUUUAAAUCCGUUGCUUUGCUGUUUUCCAAAGGUAAAUCACUUUUUCCGACGGCCCCUGUCGUUUCACGCCGAAUCUCCCUUUUUCCUCGCAACGUUUUCCAGUUUAUCCGCAAAAUGGCGACUAACAGCUGUAAUGUUAAUAACAAUAGUAAUACAGAGGGAAAACCGCAGAAGAAAGCUAAACUAAAGGAGCCUCUGCGCCGAACCAAGACGAAAGAGAACCGGCAGAAGCGAGGAGACGUGCACAGCCCCUCCACAGUUUACGUGCAGGUGGUGGGAGCAGGGACCCGAGACAGCCCCGCUUCCCUCUACGUCUUCUCAGAGUUUAACAGAUACUUGUUUAACUGUGGAGAGGGCACUCAGCGGCUGAUGCAGGAGCAUAAAUUAAAAGCAGCGCGUCUCGAUAAUAUCUUCCUCACGAGGCUGAGCUGGGAGAACGUGGGAGGCCUCUCAGGGAUGAUUCUCACGCUGAAGGACACUGGCGUCCCAGAGUGCGUUCUGUCUGGACCUCCACAGCUGGAGAACUAUCUUAGGGCUAUAAAGUCGUUUUCUGGACCCCUGGAUGACAUCCAGCUGUCGGUGCGUCCGUACACAGAGAAGUCCCACACUGAUGAGACCAUGACAGUGACACAGGUGCCAAUAUUUGCUCAAGCGACGAGUCCCACAAACACAACACAGAGCUCGAGCAGCAGCAAAGCAGCUGACUCCAGACUUCGUAGAGAUCCGUCGCUGGUUGUUGCCUUCAUCUGUAAGCUUCAUCCAAAAAAGGGAAACUUUCUGGUGUCUGAGGCCAAGGAACUGGGUCUGCCCGUAGGCACAGCAGCAAUCGGACCCCUGAUUAAGGCACUGAAGGAAGGUCGCAAUGUGGAGUUUGAGGGGAGAGAGAUCUGUCCGGAGCAGGUGUGUACUCCCACAGACCCAGGUCCAGUGUUCUUGGUUCUGGAGUGUCCCUCAGAGGAGUUCAUCCCAGAAGUUUGCUCCAACCCACAACUGCAAAGACACGUGUCGGGGGCAGACGAUCCGGCUGCUCUGGUGGUCCACAUGUGCCCAGAGUCGGUCCUGAGGUCAGGGCAGUACCAGCACUGGAUGGAGAGUUUUCCCUCCUCGACGGAGCACCUGAUCCUGAACGAGAACUCUUGCACAGUUCAUAACGUGCGCAGCCACAAACUGCAGACUCAGCUCCACAUGAUCCACUCAGAGGUGUUUCCCCGACUGCAUCGGGUCAAAGCUCAGGAGCCUCAGGCCACUCUGCACGUCCCAAACAUCCGAGCUGAGUGUCUGCUCAAGUAUCAGCUCAGACCGGUCAUGGGCUGGCACAGAGAUGCGAUUCCGGUCUGUGAUGAUGAGCAGUUCAUGCGAGAGGCAUCUGAGGUCCCUCUGUUUGUGGAGGAGGUGGAGAAGAGCAGAAAACUGUGUUCCAAACACCGUUCAGACACAGAAGUAGCAGGGCCGUAUCCAGAGGUGGUGUUUUUAGGCACCGGUUCAGCUCUGCCGAUGAAAACCAGGAAUGUCAGCGGCACUUUGCUCAAUAUCAGCCCGACCCAGUCCCUGCUGUUGGACUGUGGAGAGGGGACAUUUGGGCAAUUGUGUCGUCACUACGGAGACCAGGUGGACGAGGCUCUGUGUAAGAUCACCUCUGUGUUUAUAUCGCACAUGCACGCUGAUCACCACACGGGGCUGCUCAAACUGCUGUACCAGAGGCAGAGAGCACUGUCAUCUCUGGGUCAGGACUUCGCUCCAGUGUUUCUGAUGGGCCCGACUCAUAUCAUGUCAUGGCUGAACCAAUAUCACGAGGCCUGUGAGGACCUCCUGAAACACGUCAGCUUCAUCCCAAACAGGAGCCUCUCUGCAGACGCAGAUGGGACCAAACCCAGGACCCAGAGCCUGAUCCAGGCCCUGCUAAAGAAGAACAGUCUGAGCCAGUUUGAGACGUGCUUGGUGCGUCACUGUAAAAACUCGUUCGCCUGUUCGCUCUCCCACAGCUCCGGCUGGAAGCUCUCCUUCUCCGGAGACACGAUGCCCUGCGACGACCUGGUCAACAUCGGGCGAGACUCGACGCUGCUGAUCCACGAGGCGACACUAGAGGACGCUCUAGAGGAGGAGGCUGUGGAGAAGAGACACAGCACGACGUCUCAGGCCAUCGGCGUUGGGAUGAAGAUGAACGCAGAGUUUAUCAUCCUGAAUCACUUCAGCCAAAGAUACGCCAAGGUCCCCCUGUUCAGCUCAGACUUCAGCGACAGAGUGGGCGUGUCCUUCGACCACAUGAGGGUGAGGUUCAGAGACCUUAAACAACUGCCGUUCCUCACACCGGCUCUGAAGACUCUGUUUGCAGAAGACCUGAGCGAGAUGGAGGAGGAGAGAGAGAGACGAGAGUUGAGGAACCCCAAAGCAUCUGCACCACCCAAGAGGGAUAAUCUGCAGCCACAAGGGGGCGCUAAACGAGAGUCAGAGACUGUCCCCACAGACGCCAAGAGGCUGAAGACCCGAUGAAGUCUGAGCACUUCUAAAAUAUCUGAAUUUUAUUUAAAUUAGCAAUUUUUCUUUAAAAGCUGAUUAAAAAGUGAAUAAUCGAAAUAUAAAAAAAAACAUGUUGAAUCU